AUGAUAAUGUCGUCACUAUUUGAUCACAUAAAACAACUACAUUUGGACCAAUUGUUUACAAAUUUGGUUCAAUUGAUGAAUAUAUUGAUGCCACAAAUAGAGACAAGUAGUGAACUGUUUUCGGCGUCCAAUGAAUACAAGGCUCUUGUCUUUUACGGUGAGGCUCUUUACCGGACAAAAGAUUACCGAAAAUCAGAGCGAGUAUAUCAAAGAGCUCUUUCAUUGAAGAAGAAUACACCUAAAAGUAAGCGCAAGAGUCAGUCUAACGGUUCAAGUGAUAUGAGUUCAGAGAUUGACGUCAAAUAUCAGAUCCAUUUGUGUUAUCUUAAGCAACACCAAUACAUAAGUGCUGUAAACAUUUUGGAGAGUAUUCCUCCAAAGCAGCGAAAUUCACGGAUUAAUAUGGCUUUGGGUGAACUCUAUCGGUUAGACAAGAAUCCGAUUGCAAUAAACUGUUUCAAAGAAGUGGUCAAAGAGUCACCUUUUGCUUUAACAGCUAUUCUUCAUUUAAUUAAAUUAGAUGUCAAAGUAAAUGAAAUCUUAAGUUUAGUGAAUUCAAUUGCUGCCACCAUUCCGAUGAUGAGUUGGCUCAAUACAUGGAUUCGGGCGCACUCUUACAUUAAUUCACGUGAAAUUUCAAGUGCUAUCCCUUUAUUGAGACAAUUAUACGAAAGUCCACAAUUCAAAGGAAACUUAGAAGUCAUGUUAUCAUUAGGAGAGGCUUAUUAUUAUAACGGAGAUUACAAGAAAGCCAUCUACUUGUUUAAGAAGGCUUUUUCAAUAGAUCAUACACUUCUAAGAUGUAUUGAUUUAUAUGCUUCUGUUUUGGCUAAAGAGAACCAAUUAAAAGAAUUGGAAUUACUGGCCAACCAAAUGACCCAAAGAUGUGAUUCAUUGGAAUCGGUGGCCGAGCCAUGGGUUGUCCUCUCUUACUAUUGUUUUCUCUCGAAUAAGAAGGACUCGAAAGCUUACUUCUUUGCUCAGAAAGCGUGUACUUUAAGCAAUAACUCUGUCGAAGCAUUAUUACUGAAAGGUUUAAUUUUAUUGGAUAAUAAGCCACAAGAAGCCAAAAAUUGUUUUCUUGAAGCUCAUACCAGUGCUCCUCACAGGUUUGAACCAAUUAAAUGCUUAACUGAAGCCUAUUUAGCCGAAAAACAGAAAUCGUUAGCAAACAAUAUGGCUACUGGUGCUAUCAAAACAUUUGGUCACAUACCUAAAAGUUUAACUCUAAUGGCAACAGUCUAUUUGACCGAAUCGUCGAGUCAAGAAAAAUUAAAGGCCAAACAAUUACUGGAAAAGGCCAUCAAACAGGACCMGACAUAUUUGAAUGCAAUUUAUUUGUUGGCAAAUAUAUAUUUAGAGGAAAAAAAUUUUGAUAAAGCAAUCGAUAUGCUCAACAAGACAUUAGAAAGUUGUGAAAGUAAUAUAAAGAUUCAUAAAUUGCUCAGUGAUUGCUAUAUAGAGAAGAAUGAACCGGAAAAGGCGUCACACCAUCGAAGCAUUGUUUCCAAGUAUGACUUCAAUGACCAUAAGUUAGAGCAAAAUAAYCGCAAUUCCAAUGAAACGUCUCAACGAUUAGAACAUCAGUCACAUACCGGCGAUAACGUUAGUUCCACAUUGGAUCUCGAGGUCGAUGACAUACCACCAUCUGAUGAGGACAUCGAUGAAAGCGAGACUGAUGUUGUCUGGUCUGACGAUAACUAUAGUGUUAAUUAA